AUGGAUGAGCGGGCACCAGAAGAGCAGGGAGAUGUUGAUCCGAGAGCGCUUCUGGACAGGAUCGAACGACAGGGCGCCGAGUUCCAGCAGAUGGUGCUCGACGUCCGUGCGUUGAUUGUCGAACAAUUCGCUGUGCUUGCACGGGAUGAAAAUGCGCAGCCGAAUGCGCCUGAGCCCAACCGUGCGUUCGCCGAUUUGGCGCACGAACUGGUCGGGGAUUUGAGGAAUAUGGUAGCGAAUCUUGCUCAUCAGCGACAGCACAUCCAGGAUGUGAUGAUGCGUGGCGGAUGGCUUGAUGAAAUUUAUCUUUAUAAUCGCUGGGAGGAGCAGGCCAGCGAACGUGCUGCUAGCACCUCGAGAACAGAAGGCGUGUUUCUGUGCCAGCAUAAUAAUAAAUAG